AAUGGAAGAAUGGGCCCCAGAGGAUCCAGAGGUCGAGCAGGCCAACAUGGUCCUCCUGGUAUACCUGGAAUAGUGGGUUUACGAGGUCCAGUUGGUGCAGAUGGACCAGAAGGAAAGCCUGGGUUUUUCUGGUUCUGUCGGAAAUCCAGGAGAUAAAGGACCUGAUGGCCUCAGGGGUGUAAUUGGAGAGUUGGGAAAACAAGGGCCUCCAGGCUCACAGGGCCCACCUGGCCGACCAGGCCAAGAUGGCACCCAAGGUCUUCCUGGUGAGAGGGGCUUCACUGGAAAACCCGGCAUGUCAGGUCCACAGGGGCCUGUGGGCAUGUAUGGUUAUCCGGGAACCACAGGCCUUCGUGGACUACCAGGUCACAUAGGAGAGAGGGGUGAACCUGGAAUCCGGGGGCCUGUGGGGCCACCAGGAGCGAGGGGACCACCUGGUUUACCUGGCCCACCUGGUGAGAAGGGCCUAUCUGGACCACCGGGUUGCCAAGGGGAGUUUGGACUUUUUGGCUUCCAAGGAAUGCCUGGACCCGUAGGCCUACCAGGGACUGAGGGAAUGAGAGGAAAGCAAGGCCCCCCAGGGAGCCAGGGCCCUCAGGGGCCUCAGGGAAAACAAGGGCCAGUUGGAUUGCCAGGCUCAACGGGAGCAAGUGGAGUGGUUGGUCAAGCUGGAAAGAAAGGGGAGCAGGGAGUGCCAGGUCCUCCUGGUGAACCUGGUUCUGUUGGAUUGGAUGGAAAACAGGGUCCUCCUGGUCCAGCUGGUUUUGAGGGUCCAUCAGGAGCAAAAGGGGAAUAUGGAUCACUUGGACCCUUUGGAAAGCCUGGCCCAAAUGGACCUCCAGGAGAGCCAGGACCCCGGGGCUCUCCGGGAAUGCAGGGUGAGCCAGGGCCAAGUGGCAAAGAGGGAGGUAUCGGACCUCCAGGUGAUAUUGGAGACCCAGGCCCUGAAGGAAAAAAGGGUGACCCAGGACAUAGAGGUUUCUUUGGGCGACAAGGGCCACCUGGAUUUUUGGGGGAUCGAGGAGAGCGAGGAUUGAAGGGGAACAAAGGCUACAUUGGUGUACAAGGCCAAAAUGGGUUGAUGGGAGAGAUUGGCCCAUCUGGCUUGAUGGGGCUAGAGGGUUUGAUGGGACCUCCGGGACCACCAGGAGCUAAUGGUUCACCAGGUCCAAAGGGAGAAACUGGAUCACCUGGUGUCACUGGCGAUCCAGGAGAUCAAGGCGAUCAGGGAAUGGCUGGGAAGAGAGGUUUAAAGGGGGUUAUGGGGAAGCCAGGACCUCAGGGAGCCUUGGGUCUCAGAGGCCCUGAGGGCUUACUGGGCCCCAAGGGUAUGCCAGGACAUGAGGGACCUAAAGGUGAACCAGGAGGACAAGGACCUCCAGGGCAAAUGGGACCACCGGGUCUCCCUGGGACUAAAGGAUCUUCUGCAUUGCCUGGGACAGAGGGACCUCCAGGAGAAUUGGGUGCACAUGGCCCUAUUGGCCCACCAGGACCACAGGGUCCCAAAGGAAGAGCUGGACCUCAGGGGAGAGAAGGACAGAAAGGCCAGAAGGGAAAUAGUGGUCAAGUAGGAGCUCCUGGGGAAACUGGGCAUGCUGGAAGGAGAGGGAAAAGAGGUAAAGCUGGUCAGAGAGGCCUCAGAGGACCCAGAGGGGAGAAGGGACUGAAGGGAACACUGGGAAUGUCUAGACCUCCAGGUAGACCAGGACCAUAUGGUUUACCAGGCAAUAAAGGCGAGAAAGGAGAGAAUGGUGAAAAAGGCUUUAAGGGAGAGAAGGGGGAAAUAGGGCGACCUGGCCCUCCAGGGGGAGAUGGACUGAAGGGAGAGCAGGGCCUUUAUGGGGAGAAAGGGAGAAAUGGACCUAAGGGAGAGCAGGGGGAUAUUGGACCCACAGGUCAAAGAGGGACCCCAGGUCUACCAGGCAUGCCCGGACUGUUUGGAGAAAAGGGUUUGAAAGGAUAUCCAGGACUUUCUGGUCCAAAAGGAGAGAGAGGACCUCCUGGCUUACCAGGUCUUCCAGGUCCUCCAGGAUUAUCUGUGAACCUAACACUGACUCAGCUAAAAGACCUUGUGUACCUGUCAGACAAGCCCAACUAUCCACUUAUUAGGACCCUGCUGGACUCCCUUCAGCAAGACCUGCGACUCUUCAUAGAUCCACCAGACGGCACUAAGGAGCAUCCGGCAACCACCUGCCUGGAGUUGAUGCUCUGUCAUCCCAACUUUUCUAGUGGAAUGUAUUACAUCGACCCAAAUCAGGGCAGUUCAGCUGAUGCUUUGCUGGUUUAUUGCAACUUCAGUUCAGGUGGACAAACAUGCUUGCCACCCCUGCAGCCGCAGAUACCAAUGAGAUCCUGGCUCAACGACUCCAGGCCAGAUUCAUUUACUUGGUUGAGCUCUAAAGACGGUGGCUUUCAGUUUGAUUACACAGGAACUGGUGUGGUACAGAUGAGAUUCCUUCGACUAAACAGCAAGAUUGCAAAGCAGAACAUCACAUUUUCAUGCCAGCCAAACAGCCACCAAAGUACCAGUGAGAGAGAGAUUAAGUUCCUUGCAGAUUCAAGAAGACAGAGCUUUUCGGGAACAUUACGAGAUUGUAAGCCUACAGGUGCACUGGAUACAGGGACUCUAGAGUUUGUAUUCCAGUUCGAAAGUGAACACCUGGAGCUUUUGCCAAUCAGAGAUGUGGCUUUAUUUGGCCACAUGCCAGAAAAGUUUCAAUUUACAGUAGGACAUGUCUGCUUCAGCUAGACAAACACACUUUUAUUUGAGGACUUGCUGGACUGCUGUGCAGAACUCUUAUGAUUAGCUUUUGGCUGAGAAAAGCAGAGCCAAGAAUUAUAAACAAAAGAAGUAAGGCCAUUCUCCAAGAUCACGACGUUAUCUUUUCUCCUCUCCAUCAGCUGUAGGAAUGGAGAUUCCAAAUGAAGUCUUUAUUUCAUCUUAAGUUUGUAAACUAAGCUGAUUUGUUGUCCAGUGGCAACCGUAAUUUGGUGCACAGCUUCUUAUAAAGAGUUGUUGUAUAUCGUUUACAAUGCGUGUUUUAUGUUAAAUAGCUUUAUUUAUAUGAUGUCAUAAUGUUGGAUGUUACUUAGAAUUCAAUUCACAUUUUAUAAACCACAUAAUUGAAAUAAUUCAAAUCCCUUUAUUCAGGUUUUGUUGCAGCUUGUGACUGAUAGCACUGUGAUGUCUGGCAGCAACAUCUCAUAUUAAUAUACAAUGUGCCUCAAAUUUAGUUAGACUGCUUGAAACAGAGACUAAUAAUAUGAAAUAUUUCCACACUAUAUUUAUAAUAUAAAAGAAUUAAAAAGCAUAGUUUGGUCGGUUGCUGUGGAAACAUUGUCAAUAAUGCAUGUCAUAUAAAUUAUUAAAUGUACAAUAAUGAAUUAUAUUAAUAGUUUUGAAUAAUGCAGUGUCCGUUGUCAUUUGUGCGUGCAAAUUACAAACAUGGUUGAAAAUAACAAAAAACAAUAAAACAAAUGAUGACAUUUUAGCACAUUGUGUAAACAAGCUCAUUACAAACUGUCUUUGGAUCCAAAGAACCAUUGCAGUGUGGUUGCUUUAGUAGACUCCAAAAUUAUUUUCCAGCUCAUUUAUUUCUGCAAGAUUUGAUUAUUUGCAGUACUAGACCAUGUUCCUGCAGGACAGUGCUCCUGUGACUUAGAAAUACAUGCACUUUGGCACCAUAUUGUAGCCCAGUUUCUUACUGAUGAUGUGUACACUGAAACUUAAGUGACAUUUUCAUCGAUGCAUUUCCCUUUAAGUAUGGAAAGAGAAGCAGCUACUUUGUCACUUAUAAAAAUUAAGAACUACAAAAUCAACUUAAACCCUUAAACUGUACUUUUCAAAUGGAAUAUCAGUAAUUAAUUACUGCAAAAAUAGCCACAUUAUCUGGGUGAAGUUCAAUGAUUAUUGAAUUAAAUUGCCCAAAGGCUUAUGUUGAAACUAAGGAGAUGAUUCCAAAAUAGGGAAACUAUCAGCAUUCCAGGUGACUGUGAGAUUAAACUGGUCUGAAACCUUCAAAUCUACGUAUUUGUACAUUGCUCAUUUGUGGGAUUAGACAGUUGUCAAUACCAAGUCAAAGGGAUAGUACAACCCAAAAUGAAAAUUCUGUCAUCGUUUACUCACCCUCCUGCUGCUUCAAACCUGUUUGACUUUCUUCCUUAAAUGGAACACAGAAAGAGAGGUUAGGUGGAAUUACAGUCUCAGUCACCACUUUAUUUGCGUGGAAAAGAAGAUGGAAGUGAAAGUGAAUGGUGACUGAGGCUCUCAGUCCCAAAUAUUCUGUCUAACAAAUGUUUUGUGCUUAACAGAAGAAAGAAAGUUAUAUUAUGGUGAGUAACUGAUGACAGAAUUUUAUUUUUUGGGUGAACUAUCCCUUAAAUGUUAAAAUCUGGCUAAUAAUACACAAUGCAAAUGGCUAAGGAAAGAUGAACCCUUUAGCUAUGAGCUGUUUUGUCAACCACAUGCUUUAGUUUCAGCUAAUCUUUUACUGUAAAUUCUAAACCGUAUUUCUUGACCCAUCCAUCUGGGACUGUAAUAUAUGCCAUUAUUAAUCAGGUGGCUUUUACAGAGCAACCCAUGACUGGAAUAAACUUCCAGCCGAAUUAAAAAAAGAUCUAAAAAGUCAAUGUGCUUUAAAAGUUAAAACUCUGGUUAUUUCCAAUCAAAACAACACAGAACAUAGAAUUUUGUACGUAGCUUUGCUAUAAUACUGUAUUCAGUGAGCAACUUGUGUUUGAUUUUAUUUGUUUUGGAAUUUUAAAUACUUUAUUUGUUUUAGAAUGUUGUGAUGGUAUGCUGUUUUUUUAUGUAUUAGAAUGAAUAGAAUGUUUUUCUUUGAUGAAGUGUAGGGUUUUCUUUUUUAACAUUCAGCCUACCCAGACACCGCAGAUGAAAGUUAGCUACUUUGGCUAAAUCUGGCACAAUUAACAUAAAACAGUGUUUUGUUAAUUAAUGUGUGUUGUCCCUGAUAAACCAAUAAAUA